CCUCCCUCCCCCGCGUCCUCCCGGAGCCCAGAGGUCGCUCCGAGCCGCCGCCGCCGCCGCCGCCGCCGAGCCGCCCGGGGAGGCGGUGAGGAGAGCGAGCCGCCGGCGGAGCCCGGCUGAGGCCUAGCUCGCCCGCCCCGAGUCUCGCCACUAUUGUCCCUCCCUAGGGCCAGGAGCUCGCCUACGUCGCCGCCGCCUCGGCCCGGCCCCGCGGGGAGGGCCUCGAGAAGAUGCCCGAUCAAGCCCUGCAGCAGAUGCUGGACAGAAGUUGCUGGGUAUGUUUUGCUACUGAUGAAGAUGAUCGAACAGCUGAGUGGGUGAGACCAUGCAGGUGCAGAGGAUCUACAAAAUGGGUUCAUCAAGCUUGUCUGCAGCGCUGGGUAGAUGAAAAACAAAGAGGAAAUAGUACAGCACGAGUAGCAUGUCCUCAGUGUAAUGCAGAAUACUUAAUAGUAUUUCCAAAGUUGGGUCCAGUUGUUUACGUCUUGGAUCUUGCAGAUAGACUGAUCUCAAAAGCCUGUCCAUUUGCUGCAGCAGGAAUAAUGGUUGGCUCCAUCUAUUGGACUGCUGUGACUUAUGGAGCUGUGACAGUGAUGCAGGUGGUAGGCCACAAAGAAGGUUUGGAUGUUAUGGAAAGAGCUGAUCCUUUAUUUCUUUUAAUUGGACUUCCCACUAUUCCUGUUAUGCUGAUAUUGGGCAAGAUGAUUCGCUGGGAAGACUACGUUCUUAGAUUGUGGCGCAAAUACUCUAAUAAACUACAGAUUUUGAACAGUAUAUUUCCAGGGAUUGGAUGUCCUGUUCCUCGUAUUCCAGCUGAGGCAAAUCCUUUGGCAGAUCAUGUCUCUGCUACUCGAAUUUUGUGUGGAGCUCUUGUCUUUCCCACUAUUGCUACGAUAGUUGGGAAACUGAUGUUCAGUAGUGUUAAUUCUAACCUACAAAGGACAAUCUUGGGUGGAAUUGCUUUUGUUGCCAUAAAAGGAGCAUUUAAGGUUUACUUCAAACAGCAACAAUAUUUGCGUCAAGCACACCGCAAAAUUCUUAAUUAUCCAGAGCAAGAAGAAGCAUAAGGGUGUGACGUCCCAUUGUUCGACCGCCUCAUCUGAGUGAGAGUCUGUUGUGGUGUUCUGAUACCAUCAUUAUUGCACAGUAGUGGAGACUUGUGAUAAGCUGCUGCUCCUAUAUUUUUAAGACAUAUAAUAAAGCACUUAUGGCAGGGGAAAUCCUCUCAGUAAUCACGGAACCUAAGAAUGUGAUUUGUUUUCAUUGUUUUACAUGUACUUCCUUUAUGGCAGUCAUCUGAACCAUUUUCUUAGCAUGAUAAAUACUGGGUUUUAUUUGUGUUUUCCCCGCUCAGAAGUGUAAAGAUCAAAUUGUACAGUUAUUAAAGAGGGCAUAGACUAUUGUAUGCAAAUGCCUCUUUUUGUACAUUUGUAUGUUCGCUAUUUUCUUACACAGAAUCAUCAAUUCAACAAUAAGAAUACCACAGGAGGAUUUCUUAUUUUGGCAAAUGAUUUGACUGCAGAACAACAGCAUGUGUUAAUAUGGAGAAAAUAGAAAUGUUAAUAUGGAGGAAAUAGAAAUUUACUUUGAGUUAUGAAAUAGAUAUGAAACCAAAAAUGUGUGAAGCCACUCAGUUGCAUAUCUGAACAACCUAGAUUCUGUUGAGUAUUUUUCAAUUUAAUAUCCUUUAAAAUAUGUAAAAAUUCAGAGCUUCCAGUUCAUUUUAUUGCUACUAUAAAUCUGUGAUGUUGACAUCUUGUAGUUCAUUAUAUAAGUUCUGACUGUUCAGCAAUCUAAAUUACAUGAUAUCAUCAGCUCUUUGUUAACAUUAAAAUCUUCAAUAGAUUUUUAAAUAUUUCUAGAAAUUUCUACAAAUCUGUAUGUCAUUUGAACACAGAGAAGCAACUGCCAGGUCACACUUUUCCUUUCCUCUCCAUCAAGAAAUAGUGAGAGUGAUUUGGGGAUGAGCAAGGAAGCAAACUCAGGAGAGGCUUGGAGCCAGCUAUCUUUGGGUCAGCAGUGAGGAGAUGGGUAUUAAAAAUGUCACUGCCAAGCAUUGAUAUUGAGUGUCCAAGAGACAUUAAGAUCAGUGCUUUGGAUGUAAACUAAUGGAUUGUGGAAAAUAAAGCAUGAUAGUUUUAGAGUUGAGUCAUAUUAGAAUUGAGGCUAACACCUUGAUGAUUACUUCUUUAUUUUGUUGGUUGACAUUACCAUUUUCCAAAGAAAAUUGUUUAUUUUGAGCCUCUUUCAAGUAGUAAGAGUGGCUAUUACAUCAUCCAGCCAUUCAAAAUGGAUUUUUGUUGUUUUCAUUGAAUAAAAUUAAAUGCUUUAAAAAUUAUCCUUUAAAAAACUAUUUUUCUGUAUUUUCUUGUUCACAGUAGCAUAUUUAAUGCAUGAAAAACAGUAACUAUUUUCCCUUCUCUUCAGAAAUAGAUUGGCUAUAGCGUGAACUGUGUUGGAUUGGAAUAAUGUAUGUUAAUUUUAGUAAUUAAAGACUGGUAUCUUUCUAUAGUAUGAAUAUAAUAAAUAUUGAGGUAACAAGAAUGUAUAGAAAUGGUGUGUGUGUAUAUAAUGGCCAUUGCAUAUUCAAAAGCUGUAGUUACCAAGGGAAGUAGAUAAAGAAAUUGAAUAGUGAAAUUCAGAAAUUGCACUUCUGAAGAGAAGACACUUAUAAUAUUUCUGACUGGGAAAUAAUUUAGAUUACAUAGCUGCAAUUUUUGACAUAUACUGACUUUUUAAUUUUCAAAAAGAAAAAAAUAGUAAUAGAAAAUGUUUGUGGAGAACAUCUUUUCAGUGGCCUUUAUUCUAAAGAUAAAACAGAAUGAAGUCACCUGUUUAUUCUUAAUACCUUGGAUGGUGCUUGACUACUCCAGGUAAUAGUGAUGGAGGAGAGUCAACCCUAAGAACCUGGCAACAGGGUGGUUGGAGAGAGAGAGUAGUAGUGAGGUCUGGGUAUUCUCCUUCCACUCUCAGCUCCAAUACAGGCUUCAAAACAGUUAUAAGCAACAAGACACAUGUCCUCUAGUUAUGAGUAAUCAUACCAAAAAAGUGGCAGUUAUCCUCUCCCACUAAGGGAACCAUGGCACUUCAAAAUUUCACUAUUUCCUCCAGGCCAUAAUGGCAUUUUCUGAGAAGUCUCUUAAAGUGCUUCCACAGAGUAUGAAAAAGGUAAAGCUGAGGUGGAAGAAAAGUUAAUAAGGUACAAUUUAAAAGGAUGACUGAUCAAUGAGUUGGGAGUGAGCAAACAUUUUGUUGUUCAUAUUUCUCCAUGCUUGCUUUGCUGUAUUUAUUUCUGGUUAUUUUUACUGUUUUGAACUUUUUCUACAAAACACAAUGAAAACUAAUAGAAAUUUUUUUUUCAAAAUACUAAUCUUUCAAAGUAGCUGAAACUGUUCAUAAAACCGUGAUGAAUAUAUAAUUAAGCUUAGUGACUUGAGUUACUACCUUGAUAAUUGUGUUGUAAUUUUUAAAAAAACUUGUUUUUAAUAUAGCAUUUAAUCUCAAUAAUAGAUUAGAUUGAAUAAAGACUUUUUAUGUUCUAUAAGUGUA